AUGCCCUCUCUAAACACACGAAGCCUGCUUCUCCCAGCAGCACUACUAUCAGUACUCGCAGCAGCUACGCCAGCACCGAGUCCCUACCCAGAUCCGAAUCCGGACCCAAUCUCUCCGCGCCAUCCCGAGAUCACACCCAGCGCCGUCGAAUACCACCCCACGCGAACCUACCGACACCGACGCGACCUCGGCGACGUCUUCUCCGACGUCGAGUCCGGCGUCAACAGCGUAUUGAGCGACUUGGGCAAUCUACCCAGUUAUGUUGCCUCUGGGAUCGCGCCGUUCUUCCAGGACUAUCCAGACAGCAGUGCAGUGCAGAGCUCGCUAAGCCUCUCGGACUCUGAGGUGGCUGCGCUUCCAACACAAGUACUGAACAUCGAUCCAUACGCGAACUACACGAGCCAGGGCUGGAAUGUGAGAUUCCAUGGCAAUGUUUACAAGCAGCCGGACAUCUCGAACGAUACCUUGAAUGACCUGGCGAACGUGUUUCUGCCAGACGUGGAUAUUGAGGACCUCCCGCAGUCGCAGGCAGAUCAGGCGAGGAAUCUGACGGCUAGCAUAUUCGUGCUUCAGCAGGGAGAUGUGAAUGUGUCUACAAUAAACUUGGAGCCGGCGCCCAUGCAAGGUUCCAGCGGCGAAGAUGGGGGUGGUGGAGCUGUGACACCAAGUGGAGGAUCGCAGCAGGUCACCCUGCCGUAUCCCACGACUGACCAAGGAGACUUUGACGUCUUCGUGCCAAUCGACGGAGCUGGACUCAUGAACGGCAACGAAACUCAGCAGAUCCAACGCCUGAACACCCACGUAGAAGGUGCCUCAAUCGGCAACAGCACGGCCUACCUCGUCCCCAACGAAGGUAUAACCAUCGUCUCCGACAUUGACGAUAUCCUGCGCGUCACCAAGAUCUACGAGCCCGAGAAAGGUCUGCUAAACUCCUUCGCGCGAGCCUUCCGGCCGUGGAUGAACAUGCCGGAAAUUUACGCCAACUGGUCCAGCUCCCUGCCAGACAUGCACUUCCACUACCUGACCACCACACCCGAGCAGGUCACCAGAACGUACAUGCAGUUCAUCUACUCGACCUAUCCAGGCGGGAGCUUCGACACCCGACCACUGAACUUCAGUAAUUGGCAAGAGACACUGCACGUCCGCAAAUUCCUACUCGAGAAAGUGCUGCAGACUUUCCCGAACCGCAAAUUUAUCCUCGUAGCCGACACGUCGAACUCAGACGUGAUGAGUGCCUAUCCGGAGAUGGCCGUCAAGUAUCCCGACCAAGUCCAAUGCAUCUGGCUCCGCAACACCUCCGCUACUGAUCCCGGCGACCGUUUUCCAUACGACACGUCUGGAUUCGAGAAUUUGAAGCAGGAGAAGUACAUGUUCUUCACUGUGCCGAAUGACCUUACGAAUCUGGACGUGGAGAAUGGUGAAUGCUACAAUAAAUCGAUUAAACAGAACGUCACCUUCUCGUAUCAAGGGCUACCGUUUGGACUCGGAGAUGAUAGUGCCGCGGCGUUGGUGAAGGCGCAGACGGGGUUGAUGUUUGCCGUGUUUUUGGGAACUUUGGUGUGGAAUUUGAUGUAG